CAAGGAAGCAAAGACGACGACUUUGACCUUUUACGGUGGUCCGCUUCGCAUACGCAUCCUUCUCACUCUCUCUCUCUCUCUCAAGAGACUCAGAGAAGGACUUGUCCGAAUUCUGAAGAACCAGAUCGGACGGCGUAAUUCUUGUUUUUUGCUUGAUCCGCUUCAUUAUCAUCUCCGCAUUGUUGUCCUUAAUCGCUUUUGCAGAUCUUGUCGGCGAAACUCUCAUUCAUCUCGCCGGUACCCGUAAUUCACCACCAAUCAUCCUCAGAUAGGAAAUGGAUGUCGACAGUUGGCGCUGGGGAUUGGCGUUUGAUCAGUGGGUAGAAUUACCGGUGGCUGGUUCUCGACCGCCAGCUCGAUAUAAGAUUCUCGGGGCAGUCUUGAUUGUGCAAGCUAAUUUCGGUGAUUUCAUCUGUUUACAAUAGCAUGCUGCAGCGGUUGUUGAUCAGAAACUUUACAUUGUCGGUGGAAGCCGUAAUGGCCGGUAUCUCUCUGAUGUUCAGGUCUUGGACCUCAGCAAUUUGUCGUGGUCCAGUGUUAAACUUCAAAUGAAUCCCGGUGUCGAGAAUUCUGAUGGCAAUGGUAGCCUAGUUGAGGCUCUUCCACCCAUUGCAGGGCAUAGUAUGGUCAAAUGGGAUAAGAAACUCAUCAUACUUGGUGGAAAUUUAAAAGGAUCAUCUGAUAGAAUUUUGGUUCAUUGCAUUGAUCUAGAAACACACACAUGGAGUGUUAUGGAGACUGCUGGAAACAUUCCGAUUGCUCGUGCUGGACAUUCAGCAACUCUUUUUGGUUCCAAGAUCAUAAUGUUUGGUGGAGAAGACAGUAGCAGGAGGCUUCUAAACGACAUCCACGUUCUUGAUUUAGAGACAUUAACCUGGGAUGAGCUGGAGGCAAAGCAGUCACCACCGGCUCCAAGAUUUGAUCAUACAGCAGCAAUGCAUGCAGAACACUACCUCCUAGUUUUUGGUGGUUGUUCUCGUUCAGCCUUUUUUAGUGAUCUUCAUGUGCUGGAUUUUCAUACCAUGGAGUGGUCCCAGCCACAAUUACAGGGUGAUUUGGUGACUCCUAGGGCAGGUCAUGCUGGUAUAACCAUUGAUGAGAACUGGUAUAUAGUCGGUGGUGGUGAUAAUAAAAAUGGUUGCCCAGAGACAAUUGUGCUAAAUAUGUCCAAGCUUUCUUGGUUAGCUUUGACAAGCGUAAAGCAAAGAGAACCCCUUGCUAGCGAGGGAAUUAGUAUUAGUUCGGCUACAAUUGAUCAAGAGAAAUAUUUGGUUGCUUUUGGCGGUUACAACGGAAAGUAUAACAAUGAGGUUUUUGUCAUGAGACCCAAACCAAGAGACUCAUUGCGUCCCAAGAUAUUUCAAUCACCAGCGGCAGCGGCAGCGGCAGCUUCUGUUACUGCUGCAUAUGCCUUAGCCAAGACUGAAAAAUUGGACUUUUCAAUAAUAGAAGAUGGUGUCUCUAAUGGUAGACAAGAAAAGCAUUCUCAACCAAAUGGUGCUAUUGAACUUGAGGCCAUUAGAGAAGAGAAAACUAAGUUAGAGCUAACACUUUCUGAAGUUCAAGGUGAAAAUUCUAAACUUAAACAAGAGAUUGAUGAAGUAAACAGCACUCAUGCAGAGCUGUCUAAGGAAUUACAGUCAGUGCAAGGCCAAUUAAUUGCUGAACGAUCAAGAUGCUUUAAAUUGGAGGCGCAAAUAGCUGAACUACAAAAGAUGCUUGAAUCAAUGCAGUCCAUUGAGAAUGAGAUCCAACUCCUGAGGGAACAAAAAUCUGCUCUGGAGAAACAUAUGGAAGCUGCCUCAUCAGUUCAGAGACAAGGUUCUGGUGGGGUGUGGCGGUGGAUCGCAGGCGGUAACAGCAGCUAGGCCUUGAAACCCUGUUCAAUAAUCUCGCACUGGCAAGACGACCGCCUUUAAACCACCGUAACACUGAAAUUAAGCUCAAUUAGAAAAUUUUUGGUAUCAAUCUCUUAGAUUGGCAGGUACCAGAGGUGACCCUUAUUGUGCAAAAAGGUACACGAAUUUGACAGUCGGUACGAAAGAUGAAGUUGUACUGUUGUCUUUGGAAACUCUACAGGUAAUUAGACUUGUAUUCUUUUUCUCCAACAUUUGUUGUUAUACUUAAUUCUUUGGAGUGUCUUCUUUGAUUUUGUUUAGUUCUCUUUCUGUUCCUCGUCAAUACUUCAUUGAAAUGUGGGAGUGUUCUUCAUCUGGCUAUCAUGAAAAUGAUUUAUUUUGUAAUUCGAUUUUGUAGCAUUCUGGCAUUAUGGAAAUUCCCUUAAUUGAUGACAACUGUAUGAAAGUUACUGAUCAAUCUCAUAGAUGGCUGUUUGAUUUC